UUACCAUAUCAAAGCCCCACAAUAAACUUUUCAAAGAAAAGCUCUCUAGUUUAUUGCAUCUCACCACUCUCUCCUCCUUCUCUUUCAUGGCAAAGAUGUCGUCAGAUCCUCUUGUCAUCGGAAGAGUGAUCGGAGAUAUUGUUGAAUCUUUUUCUCCAACAGUGAAAAUGACUGUCACUUACAACUGCAACAAGCAAGUAUAUAAUGGGCAUGAGCUUUUUCCUUCAGCAGUAGCCAUGAAACCUAAGGUUGAGGUCCAUGGAGGUGAUAUGAGAUCAUUUUUCACACUGAUCAUGACAGACCCAGAUGUUCCUGGUCCUAGUGAUCCAUACUUGCGGGAGCACUUACACUGGAUAGUGACAGACAUCCCGGGCACAACAAAUGCUACAUUUGGAAAGGAGGUGGUGAACUAUGAAAUGCCAAGGCCAAACAUAGGGAUUCACAGGUUUGUGUUCCUCCUAUUCAAGCAGAAACGCAGACAGACAGGCAUCACUAUCCCUCCUCCAAGGGAUCUUUUUAACACCCGAAAAUUUGCAGAAGAAAAUGAACUUGGCCUUCCCGUGGCUGCUGUAUUCUUCAAUGCCCAAAGGGAAACAGCCGCAAGACGACGUUGAAAACUAGUAAAAUAAUGUUAGCUAAUGAUGUUUGUUAGUUAAUUAUGUGUUUGUUUGAAUAAGACCAAGAGGUGUUCGUUCAAAGACUGUAUUGAAACCUCUGGCUAGAAAAACCUAGUAGAAACAGCAGGUCUUUACGGACCCUCUCAUUGCUUUUGUAGUAUUAUUUUAUGGUUGGUAAAUUAUAGCCGAUCGAAUAGGCUUUAUUGCA